ACAUCGAACAAGUCCAAAAUCGAUCAGUGAAACCGAGUAACGACACGUUUGCCGCCAAUCGCAACUUCCACUACACCAUCGACACCAUGACGACGCAAGACGCACCACAGCAGCAGGCCCCCAUGGAAGCUUCCGCCGACGAGGUUAUCAGCAGCCAGCCUACUGCCGAGCCGCAGCCCGAUGUCGAGCUGGGAAUUCGUGGAGGAGAAGAGGCUGGUUGUGAACUUUGCUGUGGCCUCUGCGGCUGUGAGGAGUCUUGCUGUUAAACUAUAGAGGGGCAUGGUAGCGAGACACGGACCCGAGAUCAAGAGCAAUGAAGUGUUCAAAGAUUUUG